AUGUUUUUUAACGGACCUAAUAACGAACUUGUGCUUUGCAGAGCUUUCCCUACUUACCUUGACGGAGCUGCUCUACUUUGGUUUUCAAAAUUACCUGCAGGAUCAAUCUCUUCUUUUGAAGAGCUGGCAAGGUCCUUCAUUGACUACUUCGCGGCAGCACGAAUUUACGUACACGGAUCAGACUACCUAAGCACCAUCCGCCAAGGUCCCCAAGAAAGUCUGAAAGAUUAUAUGACCAGAUUUACAAAAGCAACCAUGAAAAUACAAGACCUGAACCUGGCCGUACACUUACACGCCCUAAAGGUCAGCCUACGACCUGGAAAGUUCAGAGAGAUAAUCGCAAUCACAAAGCCAAAGACGUUAGAGGAGUUCCGGGAAAGAGCAGCCGGACAAAUGGGGAUUGAAGAACUCCGUGAGGCCAACAGAACAGAAAGGAAACCUAGAAGGGAGGAAGACAAGAUACCAAGAUCAGCAAACAACAAAGAGCUCGGCAAACCAUUUAAGCUCACCCCAAAAUUCGACAACUACAUUAGAUUCAACACAAGGAGGGAAAAGAUAAUCAAAGAAAUACUCAACGCUAAAAUCAUAAAGCCACCAGCAAGAGCUGGGAGCUACCAGGAUCAGAGAUUCGUUAACAAAAGCAAGCACUGUGCCUUCCACCAAAAGUACGGACACACAACCGACGAGUGCGUGAUAGCCAAAGAUCUAUUGGAAAGAUUAGCUCGACAAGGCCUCCUAGAUAAAUACAUCGAAGGAAGGAAACACAAAGAAGGCGAUAGAGACAAACAACACACCACCUAA